AAAGCGUGUCCGAGUUUUUCGCAAUGGCUUUGCUGGCCGGGAGGCUCAACCGGCAGGUGCUGGUAGUUAUUCUUCUGCUGCUGAAUUUUGUCUCCUCAGCUGCCUAUGGGGGCGAGAAGAAGAGCAAGUUUUUGGCGGCUUAUCCCAUGGUGUUCAAGUUCCUCUUGUUCUGGUGGUGCGUCUUUGUCUUCGCAGUCAUGACCGUCUAUAUAGCAGACCAUUUGCUCUACCGGAAAUUUGGGCCAGCAAAGGUUGCUUGGCGGGCAGAGCAUAUUUUCCGCGGCGUAUCACGUGAUGAUCUUUGGGCACAGUUAGCAGAUCCUUCGAAAUGGUCAUGUGACCAUCCUGUGCUGCAAACGGCAGAUGUCAGCUUGGUGUCAGACAUUGCCGAGCCCAAGAAGACCGAUGAGGAUUCUACCUCAGACAAGGUAGAUGAGGAGGUGGUGAGUGACAAGUCGGCGGAAGAGCGGCCCUUUGAAAAUCCAAAGAAGCAGUUUGAGACCAGAAAGCUUGGGCAGCUAAAGAAAGGUCAUGGAAUGAUUCUCAGACACAAAGCUGAAAGCGGCCCGCAGGCUGGCACUUUCUUCUGCGUGCGCGAGUGCUCACAGAUAGAGGAGCCGGCUGAUGGCCCCUACCUGCUGGUGAUGCGAACAGUUGAGGCAGGUUUGGGCUACCCGUUCCUCGAGAACACGGAGGUGUCUGAGGUGGAAAUAUUUCCGGCCGAGGACGGUGCUGUCCGCUGCAAACUGACUGGAAUGGCAGAAGUCACCUCUCGUAUUUUCAGAUGGUGGGCCAAUUUGCAGAAGGACUCUCAAGAGGCUGCCAUGGCUUUCCUGGAGUCCCUUGAGAACCAGGCAUCCGCAUCCAAAGAGAAGCAGAAGUCGUGAGAGCAUUGUUUGCAUCGACAAAACGGCCGUGGGUAGGUUCUUGCUGCCUGCUUGCAGUUCUGACCGCAAUCCGUCAUUGCCUUCCUGGCUCACCAAAAAGUGCGUAUGAGA